AUGUCUAAAUUAAGUGCUUUAACUUUUACUAAAAACACGGGUGUUAAGCACACAGCUACCGUUGUUUUCUUUCAUGGUUCUGGUGCGAAUGGAGAACAUAUGAGAGAAUGGGUACAUUUAAUGGCUAAGAACUUUUCUUUUCCACAUAUAAAAGUGAUAUAUCCAACAGCUCCUCUACAGCCAUAUACACCAGCUGGUGGGUUACUGAGUAAUGUAUGGUUUGACAGGGCUGACAUUAGUCAAGAUGUGCAAGAGAAAUUAGAUUCAGUUGAAAAAAUAGAAGUGGAAGUUAGAAAUUUAAUUAAAAAUGAGAAUGAGGCUGGUAUUCCAGUCAACAGAAUCAUAGUCGGUGGAUUUUCUAUGGGAGGAGCACUUUCAUUUUAUACAGGUUGUAAAUGGGAACGCAACUUGGCCGGCGUGUUUGCCUUCAGUUCUUUCCUAAACAACAAUUCCGUUGUCUAUCAAGACCUUCGCAACAUUAGUGGGAAACGAUUGCCGCCUCUUUUGCAAAUACACGGUGAUAGUGAUGAAUUGGUGGACUUGUCUUGGGGCCAAAAAACUUUUAAUCAACUGAAAUCCCUAGGUGUUUCUGGUGAAUUUCAUAUUAUGGAGAGAUUGGGACAUUCAAUCAAUAAGCGUGGCAUGGAUUUGAUCAAAGAAUGGAUUGAAAAAUUAUUACCUGAUGUGUGA